GGGUGUGACAAUUGUCACUGACCUGAAAACCCUGGCACCCGGUGCUCGGCCCCGAAUAAACGCUGCCGCUGCCUUUGCGGCCCAGUUAUCUUUUCGUUUGGGUUUUAAGAGUUUCUGAGGCGAUUUCGGUCCUCGGUCCGCGUAGCCACCGCCUCUGGCGACAUUUUCCUGCUUAAAACCGUUUUUUACCUCUGGCCUCGCCAAGUACAGCCCUCUCUCAUUCAUUCCUUGCCUGAAUGCUUUCUUCCCUUCAUCUUGUACAUUUGAAAUUUUCUUUGACCUCUGAAGACUUGUGUUGCCUGAGGAAGCCCUAAAGUUGAGGAAGAGGAAAGAAAAGGAGUCAGGCAUGGCUCUUUCUCAGGAACGACUGACCUCUGAGGAUGUGGCCAUCGAAUUCACUCAGGAGGAGUGGAAAUUCCUGGACCCUGCUCAGAGGGCCUUGUACAGGGAUGUGAUGCUGGAGACCUACAGGAACCUGCUGUCUGUGGAUAUCUCUCCUAUACAUGUGAUCAAGCAUUUACAACCCAAAGCAAACAGUGAUAAACAAGAACCAUUCCAAACAUUGAUGCUUGGAAGACCUGAAAGCUGUGAAAUCAAACAUUUUCAUCUUUGGGAAAGUCAGGAAAAUAUGUGUGACAUUGAGUGUCACGGGAGAGAUGACAAAAGAAAUUACAAAGGAACACAUGUAAGCCUUGAUGGAAAUGUGCCUGAUGGAAGAGAUUCACAUGCUAGAAAGGAUGCAGGAAUCAAGCCCUUUGGAAACAGGCUUGGAUUUAACUUUCAAGAUAAACUGCAGAUAUUUCAAACUAGCGGGACAAUUUCUGAAUAUAAUGAAGUUGAGAGGUCUGUCAACAACAGUUUCUCAUUCUCACCACUUCAAAGAAUUCCUCCUUGUGUCCAAACCAGUGUUUCUAACAUAUAUGGGAAUGAUUUCAUGAAUCCUUCAGUAAUAACACAAGACCUCAAAGCACACAGGGAAAAACCUUACAAAUGUGAUGAGUGUGGGAAAGCCUAUCUUAAGGGCUCAUACCUCAUUAAACAUCAGGCCAUCCAUAUAAGAGAGAAAUCACAUGAAUGUGAAGUACGUGACACAUUGUUUGAUCAAAGUUCACAGCUUGCACGUCAUUUGAAAAUUCAUUCUGAAGUGACAUGUUACAAAUGUAAUGAGUGUGGCAAAACCUUUAAUGAUAGCUCCACCCUUGCUAGACAUCAGAUAAUCCACUCGGGAGCAAACUUACAUAAAUGUGAUGUAUGUGGUAAAAUCUUUGGUCCGAAUUCAUUCCUUGGAAGUCAUCAGAAUAUCCCUGCAGGAAAGAGAAGUUACCAAUGUAAUGAGUGUGGCAAAACCUUUACUGACAGCUCAAACCUCAGGAGACAUCAGAAAAUUCAUACAGGAAAGAAAUUGUUUAAAUGUGAUAUAUGUGACAAAGUCUUCAGCCGAAAUGCACACCUUGCUGGACAUCAGAGGGUUCAUACUGGAGAGAAACCUUACAAAUGUAAUGAGUGUGGCAAGCACUUCAGUCAACCUUCACAGUUCAUAAGUCAUAAGAGAUUUCAUACUGGAGAGAAACCUUACAAAUGUGAUGAGUGUGGCAAGGCCUUUCGCGUAAAGUCAGUCCUUUUAAGUCAUCAGACUGUUCAUACUGGUGAGAAACCUUACAAAUGUGAUGAGUGUGGAAAAGUCUUCGGUCAAAAACCGCAUCUUCGCCUUCAUUGGAGAAUUCAUACUGGAGAGAGACCUUUCAAAUGUAAUGAGUGUGGCAAGUUCUUCAGUCGAAAUUCACACCUUACAAGUCAUCGGAGAAUACAUAUAGAGAAACCUUUCAAAUGUUUCAACUGUGGAAAAUCCUUUACUCAGGUCACAGCACUCACUAAACAUCAGAAAACCCAUACAUGAGAGAAACUUAUGUGAAUGUGGUAUAUGGUAGAAGUCUUCAAAAUUCAAAGUUCAAACUUCACACACUACUGUUGGUCAGAGAAUUCAUACUACUGAGGAACUAUACAAAUAUCAUGAGUGUGGCAGCAUCUUAACUUGAUGAGAAAAUUCAUACUGGAUAGAAGCCAGAUAUAUAUGUGUUUAUUAGGUUAGAACAUGUCACGUAGAACAUGAAUUCAUUCUAGAAAGAUUCCUCACCAGUUUCACAAAUGUGAAAAAAAAAAAAAACCCUAUCCUCACAUCUCACAUCUCACCAGUAGUAUCAGAGUAUUUAUCCUGGAGAAAACACACAGCAAUGUAAUGUGUGUGGCAAGGAUCUUACCCAAAAGUCACAAGAUAGGAACAUAGUGGAGCCAUACUUCCCAGGCUCAGUGGUUGUGGCAAAUCCUUUACCUUUUUCACUAUAUGUAUUCUCUGAUGACUUCAGUUCAGGUACUCAGCAACUGCAGUAAGUCCAUAUUUGAAGAGAAGCUAUAGAGAUCUUUUCGUGUAAAAGAAACCUGAAUUCUAACUCAGCAAAGUUGAUUCUUUGGGACAGUAGUCCACCAUCUUUUUGGUGUUUGGGCUUUCUGAAUAAAGUCACUAUUCCUUGCCCAACAA